CUGCCCCGCGGCGCGCUCUCUGCGCGCGCGCACUAGGCCCGAGCCCCUGCGGGCGGCGCUGCUGGCUCUUGGCAGGUGGCGGCUCGGCCGUUAAACCGGAGCCGCGCGGAGCAGCCCCGUCCCCGCCCGUCGCGGGCCGCGCCUGCCCGGCAGAGGGAAAAUGGUCCCACUUCUGAAAUCCAUGGCUGUGAUGGUGAGACUGGUGUUUCUGAUGGAGACAUUCAAAAUGCCUGUAACCCAUGGGGAUCAGCCUUUCGUUUCAGUUUCUAUCACCAAGAAUUAAGUGGCUUCAGCCCAGCAUGGUGGCAACCGUAUGGGCAUGAGGCUGUAGCGCCCUCUAGCUUUGAAGGAUAGAUCAUUCACAGAAGGGAAUGUUACGGUGGACUGUGCACUUGGAAGGUGGGCCUCGGAGAGUGAACCACGCUGCUGUGGCUGUUGGCCAUAAAGUGUAUUCCUUUGGCGGGUAUUGUUCUGGUGAAGACUAUGAGACUCUGCGGCAGAUUGAUGUCCACGUAUUUAAUGCAGUGUCUCUGCGCUGGACCAAGCUGCCGCCGGUGUGGACAAACAGCCGGGACCACGUGAGGGAGGUACCCUAUAUGAGGUAUGGGCACUCAGCAGUGCUGAUUGACGAUACCAUCUACAUAUGGGGAGGCCGUAACGACACUGAGGGAGCCUGCAAUGUACUCUACGCCUUUGAUGUCAACACUCACAAGUGGUUCACGCCCAAGGUCUCUGGAAUGGUCCCAGGAGCAAGAGAUGGGCACUCGGCUUGUGUCCUCGGAAAGACCAUGUAUAUCUUCGGAGGCUAUGAGCAGCUGGCUGACUGCUUCUCAAAUGACAUCCACAAGUUGGAUACCAGCAGCAUGAUGUGGACUCUAAUCCCAGCGAAGGGCACACCAGCUCGCUGGAGAGACUUCCACUCAGCCACCAUCAUUGGGACAAAGAUGUACGUAUUUGGUGGCAGAGCAGAUCGCUUUGGGCCCUUUCACUCCAACAACGAGAUCUACUGUAACCGAAUUAAAGUGUUUGACACUGAAACAAACUCUUGGCUGGACUCCCCUCCUACUCCAUUGCUCCCUGAAGGCAGGAGGAGCCACUCGGCAUUUGGCUACAAUGGGGAGUUAUAUAUAUUUGGUGGCUACAACGCACGUUUGAACAGACACUUCCAUGAUCUCUGGAAAUUUGAUCCAGUAUCUUUUUCCUGGAAGAAGAUCGACCCCAAGGGGAAAGGGCCAUGCCCUCGCCGCAGGCAGUGCUGCUGUAGAGUUGGGGACAAGAUCAUCCUCUUUGGGGGCACCAGCCCGUCUCCGGAGGAGGGAAUGGGGGACGAAUUUGACCUGAUGGAUCACUCGGACCUCUACAUCCUGGACUUCAGCCCUAGUCUGAAGACCCUGUGUAAGCUGGCAGUGAUUCAGCACAGCCUGGACCAGUCCUGCCUCCCACAUGACAUCAGAUGGGAGCUUACAGCAAUGACAACAAACAGCAACAUCAGCCGCCCCAUCCUUUCCUCCCACGGAUAAUCCUGCCACCCAGUCCCCUCUCUGCCUCUCCUUGCCCUCUGCCCCGCCGUGCAGACUGAGCUGCCAUCUCAAUGUGUCUGCAUGGAUUUUUAGCCUCUUCAGGAAAGGGCCUGUGCUCAGGUUCUGCCCCAAAGGAUUUGUUCCUCCUGUCACCUGCUUCCUUGUGCCCUCACCAUACUGUUCUCGCCUGUGUCCCUGGCAGGAACUUGGCACAGGUCAGUGUGCAGGCAGAACGGGGCAGCAGGCUCCAAGGAGGAAGAAGCCAAUUGUUUCUACUCUCAUUGCUGGCAACAGCAGCCUGUCUCUCUCUGCUGCACCUCCCUGGGCAGCCCCACCGGAUUAACACCUGCUCAGUACUAGCUGGCUGCAGGAGCAGCAUGUGCUUCAGCUCUCCAGGAUUACUAGCUGGAGCAGCACAGACUCUGCAUGGCUCUGCUGUUCUCCCUGCCCAGCCACUCAGUGCCCUGAUCACCAAUCCCAGUGGCUGAACUGACUGUUUCUAGGCCAGCUUCUCUUGCACAACCCUCUACGGCCGCUGCUGGCAUGUGGGCCUGGUCCUGCCCACUCCAAACUUGGCAGAGUUCACCCUCCACGGAGUGUCCAGAGAGACCCCUGGGACCUACGUCUGUUAGUCCAGCAAUGCCUUACGAGGCGUGGGCUCCUACUGCUGCCAGGGUCUCAGCUGGAAUUGGGGUGCUGAGGCUGAAGAUCCCAGCCUGUCAGGGCAGGCGAGAGAGGGGCUUCUCUGCAUUUUACAUUUGCACACAAGCCUGAGUGGAAUAGACUGAUCUGUGCCUGACGGGAGGGGCUGGCCCAGGGGCUGCAGUGCCACUGCCCAGCUCCAGGUGUAAAACAGCAGCUUUGAUUUCUAUAAAUAUUUAAAA